GCUACCAAAAUAACGGGUUGGCAGCUCUGCCACCACGAGAUUCUGAAAAACAAAAGUUGUAUUUUUUAGCUUUAGGACACUCCCAGCAUCUACCGACAAGAAUGAGUGGCCGGAAUAGAGGCAAAGGAAAGAAAGGCGGAGGACUCUACCGCAAUGUCAAGACGAAUCACAAUUGCGCCCGUAGCUUUGCCCAACAGGCCAACGAAUUGGCUAGUAGCAGCGGAGGCGAUAGCUCGGAUUCGGAAUCCUCUGGCGGUGGCAAGGAUGAUCUUGGCCAGCCGCCUGAGUUUGCAGUGGCUAUGUGGGACCUUAACCACUGCGAUCCCAAGAAGUGCUCGGGCAGAAAGUUAGCACGUCUGGGUCUGAUCUCCAAUCUCCGCCUGGGACAAAAGUUUGCCGGCCUUGUCCUUUCUCCCGUUGGUCAGCUGUGCGUCAGUCCGCUGGAUCGUGAUGUUGUGGCCUCCUCUGGCGUGGCCGUGAUCGAUUGCUCGUGGGCCAAGCUAGACGAAACUCCAUUUAGCAGGAUGCGAAGCCCUCAUCCGCGAUUACUGCCAUUCCUCGUGGCCGCCAAUCCCAUCAACUACGGCAAACCGUGUAAACUCAGCUGCGUAGAGGCCAUCGCUGCCACACUGCACAUCUGUGGAUUCACAGAUGAGGCUCGUUGGUUUCUGGGCAAGUUCUCCUGGGGCCACGCUUUUCUCGAGCUCAACGAGAAGCUCCUCAACGCAUAUGCGACGUGCAAGAGCAGCGAUGAGAUUCUAAAGGUACAAAACGAGUACCUUGAAAAAGAGCAGCAGGAGCGAGAUAAGCCAAGAGAUCUGCGCGAAUUUUAUCCUACCAGCAGCAGUAGCAGCGAGGCGGAAAGCGAAGAAAGCGAUGCUGAUGGGGCGGAGGCUAAAGCCAAGGGCUAAUUUUUACAAGGUGCUGACAUUUUAUUAUCAUUACGAUUAGCUUAUUACAAAACUUGUUAUGUGCGUUUUUUAAUUUACAAACCAGUUGUGAAGAGCAACUAAAGAGUUA